GAGUGAAUCCUAUUUAUUAAACACAGAUAUAUGUUGGAUUUUUCAAGCUGAUGUACUCUGAAACUAUCUGGCACCAUUGACAUUCUGUUGAGCUUGUCAAACAAGGAGUAAACAAGGUAAACAAACAUUGGCGAGAUGGGUCGCAUGUUGUGAACAGCCUGACAGUACGGAACACCUACGGGUAAAAAACAAAACAAAACAAAACAAAAAACAGUUUUGUUGUGAGAACCUGAGAUAAUAUUUUUUCCGCAAUCAAAAAUUCGACUAUUCAAUGGAUUUUGAUAGUCCGGACGUGGAAAAAGAUUUUCCCGGACUGUAUGCUCCUGAAGGUAGUGGCAGGAGUAAAAAGGAUGAUAAAGAUUUUGCAGAAGCAGAAGCUGAAAAGGUCAGCAAAAAAGAACUUUUAAUCGGCCGUAGAAAAGAUAAAAAAGAGAAAAAGAGUGCUUAUGCGACAUUGGAGGGUGAGAGUUCACCAGAGGAGGACCUGGAAACUAAAAGUCCAUCAAAAUCUAAAAAAACAAAAGCGUUUAAGUUCCCAUCAAAAAGUAAGGAAAAACGAGAAAAAUCGCGUGAAAAGGAAAAAGAAAGACCAGAAACAAGUAAGCAAGAGGAAGCAAAACAGCCAGAAAAAAUAGAGAAAGAAAAGGAUAAAGACAAAAAGAAAGAGAAAGAUAAAAAGGACAAAGACAAGAAGGAAAAAUCUAAGGACAAAAAGGAGAAAAAAUUGAAGCAAGCAAGUGUCAAUGAAGAAGUGCUGGACCUUGGUGACGUGCAACCUAUAUUUGGAGUGUCAUUGGGAUUAGCUGUAGAACGAAGUAGAUGUCAUGACACAAUUAAUCUGCCUUUAGUAGUUCGCGAUUGCAUUGAUUAUUUACAAGAGCAUGGAUUACAAAGCGAUCAAAUAUAUAAAGUUGAAGCAGUGAAAACUAAAUUGCAGCAGCUAAAAAAGGCUUAUAAUAGCCGCGAAGGAAGCUGUGUCGAUGAGUUUGAUGUGCCAAUUGCAUGUAGUUUGUUAAAACUAUUUUUAAAGGAGUUACCAGAGCCUAUUCUAACAACCGAUCUAUCAACACAGUUCGAAGAAGUAGCUUCACAUUCAGAAGUUUCGCAACAAGAGCAAGAGCUUGUGAGCUUAAUACAGCAGCUGCCCAGUUGCAAUCGUACACUAUUAGCGUGGAUAAUACUUCAUCUAGAUGCAGUGACUCAGAACGAAACUCAUACAAAAAUGAACGCACAGAAUACGGCGAUGUUGCUUAGCCCGACGUUGCAAAUGUCUCAUCGAUUAUUUGUUGCUAUACUCUGUCAUUGCAACAAUCUCUUCGCUGACACAGAAUUGCUCAAAUAUGUUCCACCAAUCACUGCAUCAAGCCCAAACUUACCAGAAACAGCGGAUGAGAUUUCUUUAGAGUUAAAAAAACAGGAAAGUUUACUUGCACAAAUUCAUGCAGAGAUGAACGCCGGUUUCGUUACAAAGAAGCGUGAAGAACAGCUGUGGGAAGUGCAACGAAUAAUCACACAACUGAAGCGUAAAUUAAGGGUAUUUGAAAAAAAGCCUGACUGUACACAAAAAAGUUUGGAUGAUACUGUAGAUGGCGACAUGUCUAUUGAUCUGAAUAAAGCAAAACUGUCUUGUUCCGAUGACGAAUCUUCCAUAAAAACUGUUACUGGUGUUUCGACAGAAUCAGCUACGAAUACAGAUGCGAAAAAUACUCCUCAAGAAACCCCAGAGGAUGUGGCGUUGAUUGAACAGAAAAUCAAUGAAAUUGAAUCACCUGAAAACGAUCAGUCGUCAAAGUGCGUCGCUGGAAGUACUGAGACAGUGAAGAUAAGCGACCAGGUUACUGUUACUGAUAAUGGAUUUAUGUUACUACCAGAAAAUCAUCCGGACUACUUAACGUUAAUUAGGUUACAAUUAGAAAAUCAAGAGUUGCUGAAUUGGAAAGCCCAGUUGCAGGCACGUAUCAACGCCGAACGAACAGAAAUAGUUCGUAUGAAACGGUUGUUAGUUACCGAUAACGGAAUUACCCAUGGACCAAGCAGCUUGGACUGUACAGUAAGUGAUAACGGAGACUAUGAACGUUUGGUUGCGCAGUAUGCAAAGGAAAAUGCUCUACUAGAACAAAAACGGCAGAUAUUGGCAAAGGAAAUUUUCGAAGAGAAUCAAGCUUUGAUUCAGAUGCAAGUGGAACUUGCCCUGAAUCGUUACAAAAUAUAAAACAAAUGAACUUUUUGAAUAUAUGUCACACAAUCUGUCUCUCUUUUUAUCGUAGUGGAAUUACAUUAUUGUAUUAUUUAUUCAAUAAAUGUGUUGUUUAUUAAUGUGACAGUAUAAACUCAA